AGUUGUGCCUGAGAUAAAAGGUGUCCAAACAGAACCUGUUAUCUGGCAGGAUUUAGAAUACAACUUCACAAUUGACCUUAAUCUGAGUCAUGAGGGCAAAGAUACCUCUAGAUUUAUAAGUGGUAGAAAUUUCCAAGUGUUUGUUUACCUUGGUGAUUCCAAUGCUGGUAUCCCAACAAACAUUACAAAUUUUGUUGACCCAUCUAACAGCCUUAAUCAACCAAUAGAUGACACUAUCUCUGUCAGUUUUGAAGGAGCGUUAAAAGUUUCUGCGGAAGAGUGUUCAGCGUUUGAUGCUGAUAGGAAGGUAACAGUUGAAAUCAUACCUGAGGAACAUCUUUUAGAAUUGGGAUAUUCUGUACAAACUCAUCAAAUGGAUGUCAGUGGCUUUAUAACAAC